CGUGAUCUGUGAAAGACUUGGAGUGGAGUGGCGCGGAGCGGGUGUGAUGGCGUCUUAUCGAGAUCAGUGUAAGCUUUCCUCCCGCACGUCUCGGCGCCGGGCUUCUCUUAUAUGGCGGCUGCUGAGGAGCCAGUAAGCUCGUCGUGAUGGAGACCCUGUCCCUCCUGCGGAAGCAGUAUCGCACAGAUGCCGGCCAGAAGCAACUUGGAGAAGUCACAGAUCAAAUGAUCGCACAUGAAGAUAGAUGCGCUGCGGUGGCCAAUGAUACAUAUCACCGUUUGGUGGGUGACUCUGAAUAUUACAAGCACAGGAGUAACCUGGCGGCAUUCAUCCUGCAGAGAGAUGUUGUGAGUCAAGAGGAGGUCGGUGACGUCUAUGAGGUGGUGGCGCUGGGAACUGGUGCCACCUGGUAUCAGGGAUGGCAGGACUAUCAUGGGCUUCUGGUUCACGAUUGCCAUGCAGUGGUUAUAGCACGGAGGGCGUUGCUGAGAUAUUUGUAUAAAGAAGUCGCCCUGUACUACAGUAAGGUUCCUGGGGCCACUGAGAAAAGCAUUUUCUGUCCCUCCCAGCAGACACAGUCCCUGGUACUGAAACCGAACACUUUUUUUCAUCUCUACUUGAGUCGAGUCCCAGAGGAAGCCACACCGAGCGUGCUUUCUUGGCGAGAGCAGACGGGUGUGCACCUGAGUAUCCACGCUAAGGGCUCUACGCGCCGAGUGUCUGAGUGUCCUCCCAGUAUAUUAAACACCCACGUGUGCUGUAUGUCCGUUACAGACAAGCUGCUUAAGUGGAGUGCACUUGGGGUCCAGGGAGCUUUGCUAAGUCAAUUUGUGGACCCUCUGUACAUAACUAGCAUCAUCACAGGGAGCAAAAGGCAUCAGAUGGAAGCUUUAAGCCAGGCCCUGGAUCGGCUGCAUCCUCCCUUGGACAUGACAUUGUUUCGACCCUAUUCUGUGUGCUCCCCAUACUUGCUGAUUGUACCAGAAAUCAAUAGCAAUCAUUCUUCACCCAUUCACCCCUCUCACAGCCUCAACUGGACAAAGGGAGACAAGAAUGUGGAAAAUAUAGAUGCCACGACCGGCCAAACAGUGGAAAAACCGUUCAGUCUGCCUCCUUCUACCGCCAGUCGACUUUGCAAAGCCGCCAUGCUGAUGUACUACAUGGAUGUGCAGAACUCCCUAGGGAAACAGCAGAUUCAAGACUCCUAUUACCACGCUAAGGUUUCCUCAGACCAGUACCAACGUGCCAAGACUCUGCUGUAUUCUCAGCUGAACACAUACGGUCAUGGCGUGUGGCCCCGGAAGCUCUGUGUGGAUAGAUUCAGAGCCUCAACAGUGCAGGGGCCGGACGGAGACUCUUGGGUUCGAUUUCAGUGGGAGCUUCACUGAUCAUGAGCUGGACUUUGGUUUAGUUUAAUUAUCGUUCUUUUCUUUUCUGUAAAUCAUCCCGGGUAAAAUGAAAGGGGACGUUUUUUUGGUUGUUUUUCUGCAAAUCGUUACAUUCCUAUUUUUCUUUGACGUUUCCUUGUAUUGUGUGCUAUAAAU